AUGGAAGAGCUGCGGAAACUGGAGAAAGUACAAAGGAUGAUGGGAUUCAUGGAUUCACGGGGCGUUUCCGUAUCAAACUCCGAUCACCACUGUAACCGAUUUCUAGCUAAUUUCAUGCUCUUUUUGAUAGAACCAUGCGGAGAACUCGCCAUCGACGACAAAUGCUGCUUGAUUUCUGAGCUUAUGCCUAGGCUUUCAUCUUCGUUUGUGGAGGAUGCGUAUCAACACAUUGUCACUGAACAAGAGAACAGUGGGUUUGAACAAAAUCUUGUUGGAAGUGCAUUGCGUAGUUGCAAUCAGAUGAAAGAAAUGAAUUUGUUGCAAAAUUAUGAUAAGAAUAUAGCCAUGAUAGGGCUGGAUUCCAUGCAAAAGGCAAAUUCUACCCUUGAGGAUUUUUGCAGAUCAUAUUUUAUGUUUCAUGGAUUGGAUGUAAGCAGGCCACAAUCAAUCUUCAAAUACUUACCUAUUCUUUCAUUCACCGAGAGCUAUAUUUAUCAGCUGGAUAAAAUGAAUGAGAAUUUGCUGCAAACACCAAAAAGGAAAUAUGAGAAAGCAUCUCAAGAUUUGGUUUCUUGCUUCUCAACUGACCCAUUUGGACCACUUGUGACUAUUUUUGAACAAAGGUGUCUUUUGACUGAAAGAAUAUCAGAAGAACUUAAACAAGGGGAAGAGUACUGGGCUCUUGAAAGAAAGCUCUGUCAUGCACUAAUAAACGAAGAAGAGAUUCUUAUUGAUGAUGUGAUAAAGGCUAUUCAUUUAAAGUCGUUUGAUUAUCGAGUGCUUAAUCUUCUUCUCUAUCAACUGCAAGGAGCUAAGGCUGAGGAGUUGCAUAUGGAGUUUCUUUCAAUUUCAGAGUUCUUAGUGGAAGUUUCUGAUGAUCUGUAUGACUACGAGGAUGAUGUUUUAGAAAAUAAUUUCAAUGUUUUGCGCAUGUUUAUCAGAAUAUAUGGAGCCUCAACUGCCCCUGCUAUGUUGGCAAAGUGCAUUACUGAGGCUGAGAGCAAGUACACGAGUUUACUGGAAUUACUGGAUCCGAAGCUCUCUCUGAGCUACCAGAAAAGAUGUGCAGAAGCCACUAAAGAAGGUGGGAAGGUAUCAGGCAACCCUCUUGGUACGUGGUGUAUUCCAACCGUGAUUCAAGAUGAGGAAUUGUAUAGAUCAAACUUGAAAUCGGAUACUUCCUAA